AUGCUCAAUUUUGUUACUUUCCUCUUCAUCCUCUGUUUCCUUAUCCAUGGAAACGCUCAGAUCCCUGUUUCUUACCCAUAUCGGAGUUGCUUGCCGGGAAAUUUCACUCAGAACAGCACCUAUCACUCCAAUCUCGAUCUCCUCUUUUCAAAUCUCUCCGCCAACGGCCCACCAAAGAACAGAUUCUUCAAUACCUCCGCCGGCCGACCCCCAAACGAUGCCGUUUACGGCCUCUUCCAGUGCCGUGGAGACGUCUCCGACUCCGGCUGCCGAUCUUUAUUAGCCACCGCAAUCAAGGACGUAGCCCGGGAAUACUGCCCCCUGAGUAAAGGCGCUGUGGCUUGGUACGAUGAAUGCAUACUCCGCUACUCCGACCAACCUUUCUUUUCCGACGUUUCCACAAAGCCAAGUAUGUCGUUACUGAAUACGGCUGAAAUAGACGUCGACAAGGCUCCAUUCAACCAACUAGUCAUGUCCACGUUGAGAGCCACCGCGGCUCGAGCUGCUAACGCCUCGGUGGGCGAAUUGUUUGCAACCCAGGAGGCUAAUUUCACAUCAGAUCUAACCCUUUACACUCUAGCACAGUGUACCGGCGAUUUGUCCAAUACCGAUUGCGAACUAUGCUUACGCCAAGCUAUCAAUGGUAUUCCGAGUUGUUGCAGUAAUAAACGAGGUGGGAGAGUUCUGUUUCCCAGCUGUUAUGUUCGCUACGAAGUUUACAUGUUUUACGAACAAACGCCGACGAAUUCCGUACCGCCACCGGCGACUACCCCGCCCAAUAACACCACCCCAACACCGCCUCUUCCUCCUCCUCCUACACCAGGGAAGAGAAGAAUCUCAACGAUGUUAAUUGUGGCCAUUGUGGCUCCUAUUACCAUAUCCAUCCUGCUCUUUGUUCUGGGAUGUUGCUUCCUGCGCCAGAGAGCUAGGAACAGACACUCUCCUGUAAAGGAAGAUAGUGUUGUUAAUGAGAUGACCACCAUGGAAUCUCUGCAAUUUGAUUUCAAAACAAUCGAUUCAGCUACCAACAAGUUUUCAGAGGAAAACAAAUUGGGAGAAGGCGGAUUUGGAGUUGUCUUCAAGGGGAGGCUUGAAAAUGGAGAAGAAAUAGCUGUGAAAAGGCUAUCAAGAGGGUCUCUGCAAGGUUCUGAAGAGUUCAAGAAUGAGGUUAUGUUGGUUGCUCAGCUUCAGCACAGAAAUCUUGUAAGGCUAUUGGGAUUUUGCUUGGAGGGUGAAGAAAAGAUACUCAUCUAUGAAUACAUUCCCAACAAAAGCCUCGACUUUUUCUUAUUUGAUCUCGAGGGACAAACACAGUUGGAUUGGUUGAAACGAUAUAAGAUCAUCAAUGGAAUUGCUCGAGGAAUGUUGUACCUACAUGAAGAUUCUCGUCUCCGAAUUAUUCACCGUGAUCUUAAAGCGAGUAACAUCUUGUUAGAUGAAUAUAUGAACGCGAAAAUUUCGGAUUUUGGUAUGGCAAGAAUUAUUCAAGUGGAUGAAAGUCAAGUAAAUACAAAAAGAAUCGUCGGUACCUAUGGUUAUAUGUCUCCUGAGUAUGCAAUGCACGGAAUUUUCUCCAUGAAAUCUGAUGUGUAUAGCUUUGGAGUCUUGGUGUUGGAGAUUUUAAGUGGUCAGAAGAACAGUAGUUUUUAUUUGUCGGAUCUUGCCGAAGACCUUUUGACCUACGCUUGGAAGUUGUGGAAGACCGAACAACCAUUAGAAAUAUUGGACCCAGUUCUGAGAAAUAGCUACUCAAGAAAUGAGGUGCUUAGGUGCAUUCAUAUUGCUUUAUUGUGUGUUCAAGAGGAUUCUAGCCAAAGACCUGCCAUGGCGUCCAUUGUUCUUAUGCUUAAUAGCAAUUCAGUCACUUUGCCAUUGCCGGAAGAGCCAGCGUUCUUCAUGCGUAGUAAGGACACUAAUAUUAAAGACAGUGAUAUUUCUACCAAUCAAUUUGCCCAAUGGUCUGUCAAUGACGCAUCCAUUUCAGAGUUGCAUCCACGAUAAAGUAUGUCUCAUCUUUUUUUUUAGUACAACAAAUUCGAAUAUAAAAAUUUAAAUUUGCCAACCGAUGUAAUUAUAACAACCCAUGUCUAAGCAAAUAUUGUCACUUUAGCCCGUUAUA